AUGAAAUGGAUGCCCAGCCCUCUGGCUAUUCUACUGGAACAGUACAUCCUCGUAUUCAGCGUUGCUAUGCCCAUACUGUGUUUCGAUGUUUUCUACCAGACCAUCAUCAUACUGAUCCAAGUGCAGUUCCAAAUUCUGAAUCAUGAGAUAACGGGUAUUUUCAAGCAGAGAAGACAAAGGAUAGUAACUGAGAACAUUAGGAUAAACAGGAUCAAUCUAUGGGUGGACCAGCAUAAUUUCUUGCUAGACAUAGUCGCUCGUAUGAAUCAGACCUUAUCUACUCCUUUGCUAGUUUAUUUUGGCAUUAUUUCCUUAACAGUGUGUGUGGAAUUAUUCAAUUUGACCAAUCACAACAUGGACGAGCAACAGGUGAUUUUGACGCUGAAUCCCAACAAUGAGAGGACGGUGAUCGUGCAGAACGCCAAAGUUAUCGUGGCGAGAGAAAACGGUCAUUUGUUCGCGAAUAAGCUAAAAAGUGCUGAGUGUUCGGUGGAUUUCAUGAUGCCAUCUUCGUACUAUUCGUUGAGUCCUGGUGAAAUAUCAAUUUCCGAUGGAGAAAUGGAUGGUACCGAUUAUUUGCUGAGCAGUACCAUCAGAUUGGACGAAAGCUUCCUGAAUUUCAAUGUGCUAGUGGAUCCGGACAUGUCGAUGCCACCGUCCACCAUGACCCCUCUGGCCGCCUCGUUGUCGGCCUCGGCGGCGGCUGCGUCUAUAGCGGGGCAGCAGUGCGCCAUCUGCGGCGACAGGGCAACGGGCAAGCACUACGGCGCCGCCUCCUGCGACGGAUGCAAGGGCUUCUUCAGGCGAUUCAACAGGAAUUGUGUGGUAGACAAAGAUAAAAGAAAUCAAUGUAGAUAUUGUAGAUUGAGGAAAUGUUUCAAGGCUGGUAUGAAAAAAGAAGCCGUACAAAAUGAAAGAGAUAGGAUAAGCUGUAGAAGGCCCAGCUAUGAAGAAAACAAUCAGAACAAUGGUCUAUCACAAAUGGGUCCAAAUCCAUCAAACGACUACGACCUAUCAAAUAGGCAAUUAGCUAGUAUCAAUGACGUAUGUGAUUCCAUGAAACAACAGUUAUUAAUUUUAGUGGAAUGGGCCAAGUACAUCCCUGCCUUUACGGAACUACAAUUGGACGAUCAGGUGGCGUUGUUGAGAGCACAUGCGGGCGAACAUCUCCUGCUGGGUCUCGCUAGGAGAUCCAUGCACCUCAAGGACGUCCUUCUUCUGGGUAACAAUUGCAUCAUCACGAAGCAGUGUCCAGAUCUGAGCAUAUCCAGGGUCGGCGCCAGGAUCAUAGACGAGCUGGUCAAGCCGAUGACGGACGUCCAGAUCGACGACACCGAAUUUGCUUGUCUCAAGGCCAUCGUUUUCUUCGACCCGAGUUCCACAGUGGAGACCGCCCCGGCCAUCGUGGUCCCCCCUAACGGUUCCACCGCCUCCAACUACCACAGCACCAGCGACUCGGCCGACAGCCCCAUAACUUCCCCCCAAGCCACCCCCGCCAGUCCCCAGGAUCACCUGAUCAACGGUCACGCGGCCCCCUCCCCGACGCAGGCUACCAGCAACGUGCUGAUCAUGCGCGACAUGGAGGGGACGGUGUCGUACUCCAUGGCGUUCAAGGAGGAGCCCAUGAAGGAGGAGCAGCACAGUUUUUGAAAAUGGGAUGAAAAUGUUUGAGGUUGCGAGUCGAAAUUUUGAGAUAAUGAUUCGAAAACCAUACGAUAUGUAAUGAGUCGAAACCCUUUUAGAUAAUGAGUCUAAAUUCUAAGAUAGUGAAACGAGUCGAUAUUUCUAGUAAUGAAUAAAAAAUCUCGGGAUAAUGAGUUCAGAAUCCAGUAUAAUGAGUCCGGAUCUCAAGAUAACUAUUCAUAUGAGAUGAAAAUGUUCGAGGUUACGAGUCGAAAUUUUAAGAUAAUGAGUCGAAACUCUAAAUAAUGAGUGGAAUCCCUUAGAUAAUGAGUCUAAAUUCAAAGAUAAUGAGCCAAAACCUUGAGACGGGUCGAUAUUUCUAGAAAUGAGUCAAAAAUCUCGAGAUAAUGAGUCCAGAUCUCAGUAAAAUGAGUCCAGAUUUCGAGAUAAUGAGUCUUAAACCCAUGAUAAUGAAUUGAAAUUUUAAGAUAAUGAGUUAAAAUCUUGAGAUGAAUCAAAAUUCUCAGUUUUUUCCGAAUUGCUUAGAUAAUGAGUCAAUAUUUUUGAGGUAACGAGUCAAAAUUCCAGAAUAUUAAUAUAAUCCCAAGAUAAUGAGUUGAAAUCUUGAGAUGAAUAAAAAAUCGUCGCAUUUUUAGAAUUUUUGAGAUGAUGAAUAAACAUUUUUCAGAAAAAAAAUUAAUAGAACCCCUGAGAUAAUGAGCUGAAAUCUUUAGGCGACUUAACAUUUCCUAAAAAUAAAACAGAAAUCUUGAGAUAAUGAGUGCAGACUGCAGAUCUCAAGAUAAUGAGUCAUAAUCCCAAGAUAUCCAGUCAAUUCUAAGCUUAUGAGUUGACAUACCAAGAUAUGUCAAAAUCCCAAAAGAUCUCAUUUAACAAAAUUUCGCAGAUGAAAGAUGUUGAAACAAAAAAAAUAUAGAGAAAAUAAUAUGUAAGUAUCCCAGGAUCUAUAUAUUUUAUUGUUUAUAGAUAUUGAAUUCAUACAGCAAUCAUAUUGAUUGAUAUACUACUAUGAGUUAAAGAACAUUGGCGUUUUUUGAACUGUUGUUUUAGGAAUCAUUGAUAAGACUGAACAAAAAAGAGACUAUGAGGAAACAAAACCUUGCCUUUCAAUACUAGGUGUGUAGGUACAGAAAACGAGGUUAGAACGUUUGUCGAAAAAUUAAAAUCAAAAUAAUUAGGUACUGAGAUUGUGCCUUAUUGUUAUGUCAUAGAUAUUAAUUAUGAAAAAUAACCAUCAGUGAAGAUACUCAAUAUGCACUCAUGACAUUUUUAGUAAAAACGCUCAACACUUCUUUAUGGUGCUAAAAGUGACCUUAUUUGAACAUUUAAAAAUGUUGUUGCUUGUUGUGUCAUUAGAAAAUAUUUUAUGAAACCCCUGUUGCCAAAUAUAGGAGUAUAACAUUCCUAAUACCUACAAUAAAUCAAUUACCUAUUCUCUUGUUUCCAAGAAUUCAGUAUAAA